AUGAGGGUGCUCCUGAGUUUGUGUGCUGUGCUGGUGCUACUUUGGUCCACUGUCCAGUGUCGCCCUGCCCAUGAUCACAGUCACCAUGGCAAUGAUCACAGUCACCAUGACAAUGAUCACAGUCACCAUGGCAAUAACGACUUCAGCAUUUCUGCCAAUGGAAGCCUGAAGAUAUACCAGGAGAACCUGGACUUUGCUUUCCGUCUGUACAAGCACAUCUCCGCCCAGCCCGAUUCUCAGUCCAAGAACGUCUUCUUCUCCCCGCUGAGUGUGUCCGUUGCCCUGGCUGCUCUGUCCGUGGGCGCCAGAGGGAAGACGCACCAGCAGCUCUUUGAAGGUCUGGGCUUCAACAGCACAGAAAUCACCACAGAGGAAGUGAACCAGGCCUUCCAACACAUCCAUCACAACCUCAAUGAGAAAACGGACGUUGACCUGUCGCUCGGGAACGCACUCUUCAUUGGACAAGACUUCAAGCCACGUCCUGAGUUCCUGGCGAGCAUGAAACGCUAUUACGAGUCAGAGGGUUUCAGCACCAACUUCAGCAAGCCUGAAGAGGCCAAGGAACAGAUCAAUAAGUAUGUCAAUGAAAAGACCAAGGGUAAAAUAUCAGAUCUGGUUCAGGAUGUGGAUCCCCAAGCAGUCAUGUAUCUCAUCAACUACAUCUACUUCAAAGGACGUACAGUGUAUAUGUCCCGUAAGACCUCAUAUCAACUCAAAGAAAUCCUUUCUGAAAUGGGAAUCACUGACAUAUUUGGGGAUACUGCAGACCUCACUGGAAUAUCAGAGGAAGGGAAAUUGCAUGUAUCUAAGGUUAUGCACAAGGCUGUCUUGGACGUGGACGAGGCUGGAGCAACAGCAGCCGCAGCCACAGGAAUCGAAAUGAUGCUGACUUCAGCACGAUUCCCCGCACCCCCCGUCUUGAAAUUUGACCAUCCUUUCAUGGUUUUUGUGCUCAAUCGUGAAACCAGAAAUGAAACUUUCGUCCACAUCAUGAAUGCAGAGUUCUCCAAGGACAACUCAAACAGCUGGGUGGCGCUGCUACCAUUCCGCAGUCCCAGAGUGGUGUCGAGGACCCGGCCCUAG